CAAGGAUAACGAGGCGGAGCCGCCGCCCCGCGCCCACAAUGCACUAAAACUGCACGUGCUGCGGGGACACGGGGGGGGGGGGGAGGGAAAAGGGGGGGACACGGGACAUCGGGGUGAGUGGGGAGGGGACCACAGCCACCACUGAUUGUCACCGCGUGGCCCCGGUGUCACCAUGUCCCCAUCUGUCACCUCUGGGCCACCGUGUCCCUCAUUUCAUAUCCCCAGGCCACCUCUUCAUGCUGUGUCAGCAAAGCCACCUCUCCGUGUCACAUCCGUGUCCCCAAAAGCCACCUGUGUCACAUCCAUGUCCCCAAAGCCACCUCUCCGUGUCACAUCCGUGUCCCCAAAGCCACCUCUCCAUUUCACAUCCGUGUCUCCAAAGCCAUCUCUUCACACCAUGUCACCAAAGCCACUUCUCUGUGUCACAUCCACGUCUCCAAAGCCACCUGUGUCACAUCCGUGUCCCCAAAGCCACCUCUCCGUGUCACAUCCACGUCCCCGAAGCCACCUCUUCACGCCGUGUCCCCAAAGCCACCUCUCCAUGUCACAUCCGUGUCCCCGAAGCCACCUCUCCGUGUCACAUCCUCGUGUCACUCUUCAGCACUGUGUCCCCAUCCCAGUGCCACCUCUGCGCCGUGUCCCACCCUGGUGCCACGUCCCAGUGCCACCUCUGCGCCGUGUCCCCAUGAUGUCACAUCCCAGUGCCACCUCCGUGCCGUGUCCCCAUGAUGUCACAUCCCAGUGCCACCUCCGUGCCACGUCCCCACGAUGUCACAUCCCAGUGCCUUGUCCCCACGAUGUCACAUCCCAGUGCCACCUCAUCCCCGUCUCACAUCCUGGUGCCAUCUCAGCGCUGUCACCUCUCCUUGCCGUGUCCCCACGUCUUGGUGUCACCGCCGCCCCUCGGUGUCCCCGUGCCACAGUGCCAAUGUCACAUCUCCGUGUGUCCCCGUGCCACGUCCCCACGUUGUGUCACAUCCCCGUGGCACACAGCUGUGUGCCGGUGUCACAUCCUGGCGUGCCACGUCCCCGCAGCUGUGUCCCCUUGUGUCACCUCCAUCCCCGUUGUCACAUCCCUUUGUCACCUCCAUCCCCGUGUCACACUCCAUGCCGGUGUCCCCGUGCCACGUCCCGUCCCCAUUCUGUCCCCAUUUAGGAAUGGGGACAGUGGGGAAACUGAGGCACGUGUCACCCUGCUGGGGACGGGGGUGUCCCCUGUCCUGGUGUCACUCAGUGUGGGAGGGGGGAGAGGGCCAGGGGGCAGUAGGACACAGGUACUGGGAUAUACUGGGACAUACUGGGAUGGGACGCACACAAGGACAUGAUGUGCCAGGUGGCAUCAAGACAUACUGGGACAUACUGGGAUGGGAUGGGACACACUGGGACACAUGAAGAUGUGAUGUGCCAGGCUGCAUCAAGACAUACUGGGACAUACUGGGAUGGGAUACAUGAGGAUGUGAUGUACCAGGCUGCAUCAAGACAUACUGGGACAAACUGGGAGGUACUGGGAGGUACUGGGAUGGGAUGGGACACACGAGGACAUGAUGUACCAGGCUGCAUCAAGACAUACUGGGACAUACUGGGAUGGAAUACAUGAGGAUGUGAUGUGCCAGGUGGCAUCAUGACAUACUGGGACAUACUGGGACAUACUGGGACAUACUGGGACAUACUGGGACAUACUGGGACAUACUGGGAUGGGAUACAUGAGGAUGUGAUGUGCCAGGUGGCAUCAAGACAUACUGGGACAUACUGGGAUAGGAUGGGACAUACACAAGGACAUGAUGUGCCAGGCUGCAUCAGGACACACUGGGAUGUACUGGGACAUACUGGGAUGGGACACACUGGGACAGAGGAGGAUGUGAUGUGCCAGGUGGCAUCAGGACACACUGGGAGGUACUGGGAGGUACUGGGAGGUACUGGGAUGGGACACACUGGGACACAGGAGGAUGUGAUGUGCCAGGUGGCAUCAGGACACACUGGGAUGUACUGGGUCAUACUGGGACGGGACACACUGGGACACACGAGGACGUGAUGUGCCAGGUUGCACUGAGAAACACCAGGACGUACUGGGACAUACUGGGAUAUACUGGGGAUGCACCACAACGCUCCAGCCCACACCAGAGGAACUGGGAGCUACUGGGACGUGCUGGGGACACGGCAGGACGCGCCGGGCUGCGCCGUGGCCGUGUGGGGUGACACGGGGCUGCCAUCACGGAGGUGGGGGGUGGCACGGGGGG